AUGCAAUCAUUUAAUGAUUAGCAAUCUCACUCUACAACUUUAGAGCCAUCGAAGUAACUUAUCAUUUUAAGUAGGUCAUUCAAAACUAGAGCCAUCUUUGAUUCAAUGGAGAUUUCAACUAAAUAAUUCUAUAUGUUUGAUAAUGACACAGGGGAAAUAAUAGACCUUAGAACUUCAGAGAUAGUUGAAUAUGAUUAAAUAUAAUUCUAAAAGGAAAAUGCUUGGCAGGAUUUUUGGAAAGAAUCUCAGUUGAAAACAUUGGAGCUUAUUAAAGCAUGCAAAUAAGGUUAGUUUUAAAUUGUAGAAUCAAUAUUGUAAUCUUCAAACUUUAUUGAUAUAAAUGCUAAAGAUUCAAAUGAUUAAACAUGUCUACACUUUGCUUGUAGUUCUGGUAACUUUUAGAUAGCAUAUUAUCUAAUAUAAAAAGGGAGUUUUUUGGAUGAAUAAGAUUAUGAUGGAUGUACUCCUUUGAUGAUAAGUGUAAAAGGCAACCUCAUAGAUAUUGUUACUUUGCUAUUAUAUAACAAAGCAAAUGUUGAUAGAUAAGAUUUUUUGAUGAAUACACCUCUUCAUGUAGCUUUGGAUAAUAAUUCUUUAGAAAUAAUUUAAAUUUUACUUAAAUACAAAGCUGAUCCUUAUAUUAAGAAUGCAGAUACUCUAAAUGCUCUUUAAUUAAUAUCAAAUACAGAAUAGUAAUAAAUAUUCAAAUAAUUUGGAUAUGAAAAAUAAUAUGUAACAGAAAGGUUAGCAUAAAGUACUAAGGAAACUAAAGAAUCUAAAGAAUCUAAGGAUUCAAAUUCAUCUUAUCGUAAAAGUAUCAGUAGAAUAAUGAAGUUUUUAGGGUAAUCUGUACCUACUAAUUCUUUAUAAAAAUAAUAAUAAUAGGCAAGAUAAUCAUUAGUUCCAAUUGGAGGUAAUAAUAUUGGUCCAGAUUCAUUUACAUAUCAUAAAGAAUUAGGGAAAGGUUCUUUUGGUAUUGUUUAUCUAGUAAAAAAAAAGGAUGAAUAGAAUAGUUUAUAUGCUAUGAAAGUAUUGAGAAAAGAGAAAAUAAGUUAAAAAUUAUUACCUUAUAUAUAAACUGAGAAAUCUAUAUUAUCUGUAAUAGAUCAUCCUUUUAUUGUGAAAUUACAUUUUGCUUUCUAAACACAAUACAAAUUAUUUUUGGUUAUGGAUUUCUGUCCAGGUGGUGAUUUAACUAAACUUUUAGAUUUAAAGUCUAAAUUACCAGAACAUGUUGCUAAAAUGUAUACUGCUGAAAUCAUCUUAGCUAUUGAAGCCCUACAUUAAAAUAAAAUUAUGUAUAGGGAUUUAAAACCUUAAAACAUUAUUAUAGAUAAUAAAGGUCAUUGUAUGUUAACUGAUUUUGGUUUAGCUAAAACUGAUAUUGAAAAUGAAGAUACAAAAUCUUUUUGUGGAACUCCUGCUUAUAUGGCACCAGAAGUUGUUAAUAAAAAAUUAUAUAAUCGUUCUGUUGAUUGGUAUUAAUUAGGUACAAUAACACAUGAAAUGCUAUUUGGUAUGCCACCAUAUUAUAGUCAUAAUAGAGAAGAAUUAUUUGAAAAUAUCAAAAAUAAAUAACUUAAAUUUCCUUAAAAUAAUCUAACCAAAGAGGCUCUUUUAUUCAUUUAAUAAGUAACAUAAUAUAUUUAUAUUUUUAGUUAUUAGAGAGAAAUCCUUCUAAGAGACUUGGUUCAAAAAAGGAUUCAGAAGAAGUUAAAAAUCAUCCAUGGUUUUAAGGUAUUAAUUGGGAUGAUGUUAUGAAUAAAAAAUUACCUGUUCCUACACCUAGUAUUAUGAAUUAAGCCAAUCAGACCAUUCAAAUUAAUUUUGAAGAGGAUACACAAAUUCAAUAGAGAAAAGCUAUAGAUAAUUGGACUUUUAUUUCUGAUUGA